CUUUCUCUCGGUAUCCCCUUCCAAUCCCCUCUCAGACCUGGGCACCAACAGCUCCGACCCGGCUCCGAAAAGGUCUAGGGAAUUGUGGAAACUUGGUAAUCCCGAAGUAAGCUGUACAAUUGGAUUCACCUUCGAUAGCGGUAGCCAGGUUGAAGCUAUUGGCAAUGGACUCUGAUCUUGACUCUGGUCUGUUUGGUAUCCAGCUAUCCGAUUCCGAAGACAGCAACAAUGACUCGGAACCCGCGGAAGGCAAUCAGCCCAAGAAACGAGAGACUUGCACAACUACGGACCGGACGGCCCAGUCGGAAGAAGAGUUCCAAGCUGUGAGGAAACAGUACAGAGUUAAAGUCGAGAAUGGAGAGAUAUGGAAAACCAUCAAAUUACCUCUAGGCUCAGAACGGGUUCCCAAGCCCGAGGCACAAGCGUUGUUACACGCGGUUGAGGAACUAUACUUCUUUAGAAGAUACGACGAAGGAGCUCAAUUCGUGAAGACAGCGUUGGGAAAGAGUGGCGAUGACAGCAACGAAGGCAUGGCGCCUGGACUCGACGAUGAUACAAUGAAGUUACUUCGGUAUUAUGAAAGGAAGUGCGAUGAAAAGGCUGGGCAUAUAUAAAGGGUUCCCGUGACACUGAAGAUUAUGCGAAUAUUUACACCAUAUUACCGAAUACCAUGAAACACGUAUAACAGCUUUGAAGACAUUGGCAGA